AGAGAGCUCGGAGUGCAUAUACACCAUCCCUUUCAAUAUUCCCGAUAAGGAAAUUUGACCUAAAUAUCAUCUCUCAAUUUUAAGUUACAAGGCAGGGAAUGUGUGGCACUUAGUUUCAAGUUCAAGCCUGAGAUGGAAGAAUUCAAGCCUUCUGCAACCAAAUUUCCUUAUGUAGGGAUAAGAGGUAUUAUGUGUGUCUGAGUUAAGGGGAGAGUAUGUGAGAAAGAGUGGUUGAUCAUUUCUUUGAAGCUCCAUUCGCGGGUGGACUCAAUGUUGUUCAGGACGCCGUCAAAUAAGCAAAGAGGGAAAUGAUUUGCUCUUGCUUGGGAAGAGCAACUGAGAGCAGUGGCAUACGCAUUCCCAUAUUUUUCGAAGGUUAUGCAGACUCAGGUUGGUGUCUUACGGAAGUCGCUACAAUGUUGACCACCCCGGGCUUCAUUAUUCCUCUCGUUUAUUAUGCGGAUCCUGAUAAGGGUUUCAGUCCGUAUAAGCAAUCAUUUCUAAAAUAUGAUAGUUAUCCACAUCGAUACCCGAGAGAAGAGAUUGACGAAGGGAAGGAUGCCCUUCCCCACAUCUGGUCUCGCUCAAUCUGGUCAAUAACCGAAGGUUGGGGAGUUCAGGUAAAGAAGACUGUGGCAAAUAACCUGAUUGAAAUGUUGGACACAUUUCUGUUAGAAUUUACCAACCACCCACUAAGAAUGGACAGUGUGAAGAAGGCUCUCAUUCAGAAAUUAAAUCAUGAUUCAGUGGAAGAGGUUGUUAAAGAUGGAAUAUUGGGUAUAGGCGGCAUUGGCAAAACCACAGUUGUGAAGGCUGUGUACAAUCAAGUUUAUGGUUAUUUCAACGCUGCUUCCUUUGUAUUUAAUGUCCGUGGCACUGCUGUAGAUGCCAUAGGCUUUACAAAAUUGCAGAGAUAAGAACUUAAAGGUUCAACCAUAUAUGAUGAAGAUGUGGACAGUGUUGAUAAGGGCAAAUCUGUGGAUGGUGUUGAUAAGGGCAAAUCCAUGUUUAUAAAUGGUUUGGGAGGGAAAUGUGUGCUGCUUAUUUUGGAUGAUGUUGAGCGAUUGGAUUGUUUGGCUGGGGAUAUUGGCUGCCCCUGGCAGCAGAGUUAUUAUAACUUCUAGAGACAAACACAUUCUCAAUUUUGCUCAGGUCUCAUCCGAAUGCAUCCAUGGGAUGAGUGGAUUGCAGAUAAAUGAAGGUCUCCAACUAUUUAGUUGGCACGCAUUUCUCAAAGCAUCUCCAAGUUCCAGUUAUAAAUAUUUGUCUAAACGAAUCGUGGAAGCUUGUAAGGGGCAUCCUCUUUCAGUGGAAGUGACUGGAUCCUUCUUGUAUGACAAGUAGAAAGACACAAGCUGCUGGACAGAAGCUUUUGACAAUAUUGCUCUCAACCAGGAUAUUUACAAGAGACUCUACAUCAAUUAUAGUGCUUUUAGUGAUGAGGAAAAAGAAAUAUUUUUGAACAUUGAUUGCUUCCUCAUUUAAGCACCAUAUCCACAAUCCUUCAAGUUUGCAACACUUGUUUGGUUGUGACACAUUAAACAAUCUCUUUGAUACCAGUGGCAACCAGUCACAGCUGCAGCACUUAUAUUUGGGAGAGUUUGAAAACCUAAAUAACCUCCCUGAUACAAUUGGCAACCUGUCACAACAGUGAUACUUGUUCUUGGGAGGGUUUAAAAGGUUAAAAGUCUCCUUGAUACCAUUGGCAAUCUGUCACAGCUGCAGCACUUGAACUUGGGAGUUUGUCAAAACUUAAAUAACCUCCCUGAUACAAUUAGCAACCUGUCACAGCUGCAGCACUUGUACAUGGGUGGGUGUAAAAGCUUAAAUAACCUCCCUGAUAUCAUUAGCAACCUGUCACAGCUGCAGCAUUUGUUCUUGAGAGGGUGUGAAAGCAUAAAUAACCUCCCUGAUAUCAUUGGCAACCUGUCACAACUGCAAUACUUGUACUUGGAAAGGUGUGGAAGCAUAAAUAGCCUCUCUGAUGCCAUUGGCAAUCUGUCACAGCUGCAGCACUUGUAUUUUGGAAUGUGUGAAAGUUUAAAUAACUUUCCUAUUACCAUUGACAACAUGCCACAGUUGUGUCACUUGAACUUGAAAAGUUGUAAAUGGUUAAAUAAUCUCACUGAUACCAUUGGCAACAUGUCACAGUGGCAGCACUUGAACUUGAAAAGGUGUAAAAGGUUAAAUAGCCUCCAGAUACCAUUGGCAAUCUGUCACAGCUACAGCAUUUGGACUGGUACCAUUGUCCAGACUUAAGUUAACUUCUUGAUGCCAUUGGCAACCUAUCACAAUUUCAACACUUGUACUUGGCAUGGUGUAAAAGGUUACAGAACCCCUUGAUACCAUUGGCAAUCUGUCACAUCUACCCAUUGGCAACCUGUCAAAGCUUCAACACUUGAUACCAUUGGCAACCUGUCACAGCUUCAGCACGAUACCAUUGGCAACCUGUCACAGCUUUAGCACGAUACCAUUGGCAGCACAAUACCAUUGGCAACCUGUCAAAGCUUAAGCACUUGAUACCAUUGGCAACCUGUCACAAUUGCAGCACUUGGACUUGGAAGUGUGUCAACACUUAAACAAUCUACCGGAUACCAUUGGCAACCUGUCACAUUUGCAGCACUUGGAGUUGGAAGUGCGUCGACACUAACAACCUCCCUAAUACCAUUGGCAACCUGUCAUAGCUACAAUUACUUGGAUUUGUAACCUCUCUGAUACCAUUGGCAACCUGUCACAAUUGCAGCACCUGGACUUGGAAGUGUGUCAACACUUAAACAAUCUCCCUGAUACCAUUGGCAACCUGUCACAUAUGCAGCACUUGGAGUUGGAAGUGCGUCAACACUAACAACCUCCCUGAUACCAUUGGCAACCUGUCAUAGGUAUUUGUAACCUCUCUGAUACCAUUGGCAACCUAUCACAGCUACAGCACUUGGAUUUGUACUAUUGUUGAGAAUUAAACAACCUCCUUGAUAUCAUUGGCAACUUGUCACAACCACAGUAUGUGGAUUUGUAAGUGUCAAAAUUUAAAUACAUCUCUGAUACCAUUGGCAAUCUGUCUCAGCGGCAGCACUUGAACUGUCUCAGCUGCAGCACUUGAACUUGAAAGCGUGUCAAACUUAAAUAACCUCCUUAAUGCCAUUGGCAACCUGUCAUAGCUGCAACACUUGGACUUGGAAGUGUGUCAAAACUUAAAUAACCUCCUUAAUGCCAUUGCCAACCUGUCAUAGCUGCAACACUUGGACUUGGAAGUGUGUCAAAACUUAAAUAACCUUCUUGAUACCAUAGGCAACUUGUAACAGCUGCAGAGCACUUGUACUUGGAAGUGUGUCAAAAUUUAAUAACCUCCCUGAUCUCAUUGGCAAACUGUCACAGCUGCAGCAUUUGUACUUGGGAUGGUGUGAAAACUUGAAUAGCCUCCCUGAUACUAUUGGCAACCUGUUACAGCUGCAGCACUUGUUCUUGAAAAGGUGUGGAGACUUGGCCUCCCUGAUAUCAUUGGGCAGUCUGCACAGGUGUAGCACCUGGACUUGUGAACAGGUGGAAACUUAAGUAGCCUCCCUGAUGUAAUUGGCAACCUGUCAUAGCUGCGGCACCUGGACUUUGAGUGUGUAGAAGCUUGAAUAGUCUCCACGAUACCUUUGGCUUCCUCUAUCAUCAUAUUUUGAGUUUUUUGGUAGUAUGGGAGCUACACUGGCCUCGGAUGUUCGAGGAGUUGUAGACCAAGUGCUUUGCAUCCUCUUAGGAUCUUUCAGCCUGGCCUUUCCUCUCUGAUUUUGGAUGCUCCUAGGUGAACAUUAUCAAAUAAUUCAUAGUGACGGAUGGAUUUUUUUACCUGGCUUCAUCUGCGCAUGCUUUUUGUGCUCUUGUUUAUGCCUGAUCGUAAUUUGUAUUGCUAUUUGUUAAUGGCGCAAUAAUCUUUUUUUCUUCUAGGAUGCACUCUUCCUAGAGCUUGUAGAGGCAAGAAUUGUCAUUGAUUAACUGAGAUAACUAAGUUUUGUCAUUUUUCUAAUCAAUGUAGGGUAAAGUGUUGGCACUUGAGGUUGAAAUAUUGCAAACAUUUAACCAGCUAAUAAUAUAUGGUGGCGAUGGCCCUCAAAUCUAUUUCUUGAA